AUGCCAUACAUCGAGGUUAAAACCAAUGUUCAGGUGCAAGACCACAAACAAUUCAUUAGAGAAUUAAGUUCCUACGCAGCCAAUGUUUUCAACAAACCAUAUGUAUGUGUUUCUCUUCAAGACAAUCUCUCGAUCAUCUUUAAUGAUUCCGAUGACCCGGCUUACAUUAUUGGAGUUACAUCUAUCGGCAUAGAUGCUGCGACUAAAAAAAAAUUGAGUAAGGAAUUAAGUGAAUUUUUGGAAAAAGAAUUGAAAGCCAGUAGUGAUCGUGGGUAUAUUUUCUUUUAUGGUCCUGAUGGAGCUAAUGUAGGAUGGAAGGGCAGUGUUUGUGGAUAG